UCUCCGUCGCGUAGUUCAAGGAGCUUUCCUCUGAUUAUCCUUAAAUAUCUCUCUAUCUUCUCUCUCCCUCUUCUUCUUCUUCUACCUUUUUUCCCUUCCAUUUUCCUUUUUCUCAAUUUCCCUUGAAAAUUAACAGAACAUGAACACUACUUCAUCGAUAUCGUCGUUAAAGGCCGUUGCUUCUCCUCCUCUGUUCAUUUCCACCUUCAGACCAACUGUAAAAUCUCUCCGUAACCCAAAAUUUCCUUCAAGAUUCUCUCCUAAAAGGAUUAGAUGCAUGCAAGAUUCUAACAUCAAUCUUAACUUCGGUUCGAAAUCGAAUCCAAACCCUUCAUCAAGCCACGAAUUCUCUGUUUCUUUCGCCACGGUUUCAUCACUCGAAGCAGAAGAAGCUCUCUUAACAACAACAACAACAACCUCAUCAGCCGACAAGCUGCGUCUCCUCGUAACCGAGUUCCGGUCCUUAACCGAACCGAUAGACCGAGUCAAACGUCUUUUAAACUACGCGACGGUUCUAGCCCCACUCGACGACUCGGCUCGUGUUCCGGCGAACCGAGUCACGGGAUGCACGACUCAGGUUUGGUUAGAGAUCAAGAAGGACGAGUUAGGGAGGAUGAGGUUUAAAGCAGACAGCGACUCGGAGAUCUCGAAAGGGUUUUGUUCUUGUCUUAUCUGGAUUCUUGACGGUGCUAAACCGGAGGAAGUGAUGGGCGUAAGAAGCGAGGAUUUGUCGGAGAUGAACGUUGGUGUUCACGGGAAGGCACAAUCGAGAGUUAACACGUGGCAUAACGUUUUGAUGAGUAUGCAAAAACGGACCUUGCCUUUUUUUGACGGUGAUGAUGAUGAUGUGGCGCACCGAGAAGAAGACAGAAGAUUGGUACAGCAUCGUCAGGAGCAUGAUCUUUUGUUUAAUUACGUUAAUGGAAGAAGAAGAAGUUACAUGGAAUCUUCUGAUUACUCUGUUUCAUUGCUUCCUUUGGAUUAUGAUUUCACUAUAUGAAAAUGUUGUUGUUGGUGACUUGGUGUUUCUUCUUUGUAAUGUUCUUGUAAAGCACUCUGGAACAUAAAUCGAACGUUUGUGUUUCUGUAUUUUGCAAGACUAAUGCUCUGAAUGGUAACAAGUAAGAGUGCGGU